AUGGCACUUUCCGAAGCAAAUAAUUGGGAAAAACACUUACCAGAUUUGCCUUCGUAUAAAAAAUAUACAGAGCUGGAUAAUGUGGUCAUUAGUGGGGAUGGUAAUAAAUACUGUAAAGAAAACUUAGGAAGUACAGAUGAAGUGGAUAAAACAUUUUGUAAUAAAAUAGCAAAGAAUUUAUCAAUAUUAAAGGAUGAAAAUGAUAAGCAAAAACGUAAAUAUGGUUGUUAUUACUUUAAUCACUGGUUAUACGAUAAUAUUGGGAAAAAAUAUUAUAAAGGAAAUGCUAAAGGUGAAAAAGACAAUGUUUCUCAAAAUCUUUUUAAUUUUGCGUCAUUAGCUAUUUUACAGCAUAUAAAGGUAUCAUCAUGUAACGGCAAUACUUUUGGCAAUCCGGAAGGGUGGAAAGAAGAAAAAGACUUGCACGAUUAUUUUGAAAAUUACGAAAAAAUUAAAUGCAACGAUUCUGAUAAGUCUAAGUGCGAAAAAUAUGUGAAUUAUGUUACUUAUAUUAAAACUUUAUAUGACACAAAAGUAGAAAAUUGUUGUGAGGAUGACGAAUUGGAUGAAGAAGGAUUUUGUGAAUCCUAUUUUAAAUGUGAAAAUAUGUAUAAUCCGAAAAAUUUAUUAAUAAAAUUACAAAAAGAACUUCAGUCAUUAGGUAAAGAACCGGAGGUGCCACGUGAAGGGGGUGCAGUAGAAGUUCGUAAAGCGCCAGGAAGUGGAGGGGAAGAACGAGUAAAGAAGGCAAAGGAAGAUGAAGUAGCUGCAGUAACAACAGGAAAAGAAACAAAGGAAAAGUUAGUAGCUACAGAAGUACCUAAGGAAAAAGCAGCAGAUUCCGCAGCACAAUCUGCACCAGAAAAAAAUGUAGUCGUAAAACAAACAGUACCCGAAUCUGUAGGGUCUAAACCUGGUGGAUUAGAAUCUAGAGAAGAAAAAGCUGCACUUGAAAAAAACGUAGGGGAAAAACCACCAGCAGAAAAACCUGUAGCGGCAAAACCUGAAACGGUAAACCCUGCAACGGCAGAAUCUCAAGUGGCAAAACCCGUAGCGGCAAAACCUGCUGCGAUAAAACCACCAGUAGCAGGACCCGUAGUGGCAGAAUCUGAAAGGGCAAAACCUGUAGCAGCAACCCCCCUAGCGGUAAAACCUAAAGAAAAAGUAUCUGAAGAUGAAUCAACUAAAAAUGAAGCAACUGAAGAGGAAGCAAAUGAAGAGGAAACAGCUGAAGGGUUAACAGUUGAAGAGGUAACAACAGAAGCGGCAGUAACUGAAAUGACAAGUACUAUGCAACAUGAAGAAGCUUUAGGUACACAUCCAGUAGAGAGCGUUGAACAGGGUGUCCGUGCGAUAUCAUCUCAUAAUACAGAGCAUGCAAGCAACGCAAUUCCUCUAACAAUUACGGAUUCCACUAAUACAUUAGGAACUACACAUGAAGAGUUGGACUCAAAUUUUUUUCGUAACGUCAUCAUGGCCAUUGCAGUACUUGGAACAAUUUUCUUCCUUUUCUACUACAACAGGUCUUCUCGAUUAGAAUCAAGUUAUCGAAAAAAAAAAAAGAAAAAGGGAAAGAUAUUUGAGCAUAAUUACUACGAAGAGUAUGAAAAAGAGUUAACAAUGUAUGGUUCUGAGGAAACGUUUUUAGAUUCUGAAACGGAUCGAUUAUAUUUGAAUUAUCACCCUGACCAAGACUCAUAUUAUUAA